CAGCCACAGCUAGCAAAGUUUGUCCUAACCCGCCACUACUCCUCCGAUCCAGUUGCCAACUCCCCAAGGAAGUCUGCUUGCUCACCAACACACGCCAGCUUCUCCUUCUUCCUUCCACAGCACACCUACCUCCGCUCGCUAUAUAUCCCCCUCGCCAUGGCAGCCCCAGCCCUUGCCUUCCCGGACACACGGCCGGGGAGGCCAUGGAUCAGGAACUCCAAGAAGCCGACGUCCUCUGGCCACAGAACAACUCCGACCACCGCCGCGACGGCGGCCACGACGACAGCGUCAUCAACGUCGACGGAGACAUGGCAAAGCUAUCCUCGCCGGAGCUGUCUGCCCCGGUCCUCGUGCCUCACCGGAAGCGGCGGUCACGCUCCUGGACCACGUCGGACGGGAGCGGCAGCGGCAACGACGACUGCAGCGAUGGCGACGUUCGAUGCACCAACGACGCAAAGAGGAACGUGCCGCCGCACGUCCUGGCUGAGCGACGCCGGAGGCUCGCCGGAAGGUCGACGGCGGCCUACUCCAUGUGCAGCGGGAAAGGGAGGACGCUCAAAGGGCGGGACCUCCGCAACAUCAGGAACCUCGUCCUCAGGAUGACCGGAUUCAUCGAGAAAUGAGAUGGGUUCAACACCGUGGAUGUGGACAUAUUGCUUCAUUGCUUGGGAACGUCCAUGGACGUGUGUGAAAGUUUGUGGCAACCUAAUUAGAGUUUUCAGUGAGCGCAGAGAGGUGAAGAAAGACAAGAGAUGUAGUAAUAACUCUCUGUUUAAUUAAUUAAAUUUGUUUGUUUAAUCGAAUUUAGCAUGUGUGGUAUGCGAGCAGCUUGCUCAAGAAUAAAUGUACAUUCAUAAGAAACAGAGCAAAAGGGAGGAGGAUUGAAAUGCUAA